AUGCGUCUCAGCUACAUCAUAUUCCUUGCAACGGCUGCCUUGAUUGCCACUUCCACCUCCGGUCAGGGCCAGAAUGCGGAGAUCAGCGCACCAGCUACCUGGGAGAACGACAUCCCCAUCAAGCGUUUCCUGCGCAAGAGAGAUACGAAUGACGCUGAGGAGAGAGCUAUCAACUUCAAAGUGCCCGUGAAAGUGAAGCAAUUCGGCGGCAAGGUGAAGAGACUGUCCAUUUAUAAUGCGUUGCUUGUACUCGCACGUAAGAAACCCAAAUGGGUGCUGGAGCACUACCCUCACUUAUACGAUGGCUAUCGAAGGUUCUAUCGCAAUAGAAUGGUUGAAGGGGUGAAGUAUAGCUAG